AUGAGUGUUGAAUGCUAUCGUACCAAGAACCCACUUUGUACAAUCAUGACAUUCCAACCAACCAUGGAUGAAUUUAAAGAUUUUAACAAAUACAUUGCUUUCAUAGAGUCCCAAGGUGCACACCGAGCAGGCCUGGCUAAGAUAAUUCCACCCAAAGAGUGGAAAGCCAGACAGAACUAUGACAAUAUCAGUGACAUUCUAAUAGCCACGCCCCUGCAACAGGUGGCCUCAGGGCGGGCAGGUGUCUUUACUCAAUACCAUAAAAAGAAGAAAGCCAUGACAAUGGAGGAAUUCCACCGCUUGUCUAAAAGUUACAAAUACUGCACUCCAUCACACUCAGAUUUUGAAGAUUUGGAGCGAAAAUACUGGAAGACUCGCCUCUAUAAUGCCCCGAUCUAUGGGGCCGACAUCAGCGGCUCCUUGUUCGAUGACCACACCGAACACUGGAACCUCGGAAACCUGGGAACAAUUCAGGACCUGCUGGAGCAGGAAUGUGGAGUCAUCAUCGAAGGAGUCAACACGCCUUACCUGUACUUUGGUAUGUGGAAGACCACCUUCGCCUGGCACACAGAGGACAUGGAUCUCUACAGCAUUAACUACCUGCACUUCGGGGAGCCCAAAACGUGGUACGCGGUGCCCCCAGAGCAUGGCAGACGUCUGGAGCGCCUGGCCAGGGACCUUUUCCCUGGCAGUUCUCGGGGCUGCAAGGCCUUCCUGAGGCACAAGGUGGCUCUCAUUUCACCCAGCAUCCUGAGGAAGAAUGGCAUCCCCUUCAGUCGGAUCACCCAGGAGGCUGGCGAGUUCAUGGUGACUUUCCCCUAUGGCUACCACACUGGCUUCAAUCACGGCUUCAACUGUGCGGAAGCCAUCAAUUUUGCCACCCCGCGUUGGGUAGAUUAUGGCAAACUGGCAUCUCAGUGCAGCUGCGGGGAGGCCAGGGUCAUGUUUUCCAUGGAUGCUUUCGUGCGCAUUCUGCAACCUGAGCGCUAUGAGCUGUGGAAACAGGGGCAGGACCGGGCCGCUGUGGACCACACGAAGCCCACGGCACUGACCAGCCAGGAGCUGACCGUCAGAGUGAAGACCCGGGCACUUGCGAAAGCCGCACGGGGCCUUCAGCACCUCCAGCCCCGUAGGGCUCCUAGCCUUCCUAAUGGACUAGUCCGUAGUGGUGGGCCGGGCUCCAGUGCCCUUGUGUGCCCUACAUCCCCGGGUCCCUCCUCAGACCCUGGUGCUGAUGUGCAGCCUGAAAUUGAUGCCCAAUCCACCUGCAGCCCUGGCGGUAGUCCACAGGGGUCCUGCAAUCUUGUGAGUCCUAUACCCAAGUGCUCCUUCUCGAACCAUGUUGCUCCUGUUCAUCCCAAAGCUGCAGCCUCCUCCUCAUUCCACAAACUCCAGGAAAUUGGCCCUACCCUGCCACCGACCCAGAGUCUGUUAGCCCUGAUUCUCCAGAACGGACCUGACAAAAGGCAUCAUGGUCGACGACCACGUGAAUAUGAAGCCCCAGAAAAGACUGCCCAGGCCAAGGCAAAGAGGCACAGAGCACACAAAGCUCUGGGCCCCAAGGACCCUGCUAAAGCUUCUGGGUGCCACUGUUCAAUUUAUCUUCAACCCUUGGGGCCCCCACUGGAUCCUGAUUCUCCGAUGCACCCUGGCCCGUGCCUGCUGUCACUGGACAACAUUAGUGUGGAUAUCCCUGACCUUCUUCCACCUUUUAUGAGAAAUUUCUCCAGUGACGCUGCUGUGAAUUGCAUGACUCCUGGAGGCCUGAUUAAAGUGAUUGCCCAGGACCACUCAUAUGCAUCUACUGACUGA